AUGCGUUGACAUUGCAAUAUAUAACAUGCAGUAGAUAACACAGUUAAAUCAAAACACAAACAAGACCUCGACUCUCAAACAGACUUGCUGAACCAGUCACCUCCUGUUGAAAUGGCGCUGAGAGGAAAAGUUGCUAUCAUUACAGGUUCCAGUUCAGGAAUUGGGGCAGGGAUUGCAGUAGCGUUUGCCAAAGAAGGAGCCAAACUGUCAUUGACUGGUAGGAACCAGAAGAAUUUGGAGGACGUGGUCAAGAACUGCAAGAAGGCAGGGUGUCAGGACGUUCUCAUAAACGUGGGAGACGUCACAAAGGAUGCUUUCAGAAAGACUCUCGUGGAGGCAACCAAGAAGAAGUUCGGGAAAAUAGACAUACUGGUGAACAACGCUGGGAUCUCAGGCAUAAGUCCGCUGACAUCAACGACCAAAGAGCAGUACGACAGAAUGAUGGCUGUCAACGUUGAGGCACCUUUGUUCUUGACACAGUUAGUUGCACCGCUUUUGAUUGAAACUAAAGGAAACGUGGUCAAUACGUCGUCUUGCGGAACGUCCAUGAUCCUUCCGAAUGCAGGUGUCAAUGUCAUGUCGAAGGCGGCCAUAGAUACAUUCACAAGAUACCUUGCUCAAGAACUGUCAUCACAUGGUGUACGUGUCAAUUCAAUCAAUCCAGGCUAUGUACCCAGCAACAUGAUGUCAAAGGUGUUGACUAAAGAAGUAGCCAACCAGAUGGAUAAAGCUAUGAAACAGGCGACACCAAUUGGUCGAGCUGCUACCCCAGAAGAAAUGGGUCACAUUGUGGCCUUCCUAGCCUCGGAUAAAGCAGCCUUUGUAACUGGAGAGAGUUUCAGGGCCGAUGGUGGGCUCUCAAUGACCACACCAGCCCUUGGAUAGAAAAUGGGACCUACACCAUUAGAGGAUUGUGUAAGGAACAUUCAAAGGUAUACAAAGACAAGGAGUGCACGACUCCAUGUUGGGGCUGGUUACACAUUGGCAACAAAACGUUACAAAUUCAGCAAACUCAGGAUUGCAGAUUUUCAAAGUGUGAAAUAAAGCUUUUGGGCCAUAUUUUGUGAAA